GGGGGCCAGAGCGGCAGGCAGGAUGGCGGGUGGGCGGUCGCUGGAGUUGUGGACCUGGAGGCAGCGGCGGUGGCUUGUCACGGUGGACCACGAUUGUGGUGGCGCCGUCGAUAGUGUUGCGCAGCCAUGCACAGGAGGUGAACUUCGUCCGCUACUGCCGACAGAUCGAGCAGGGGCUAUGGGCCAUCACUGACAUCUUCGUCAACCUGCAGCGCGACGCCUACUUCGGCGUGCCACCGCUGCGUUCCCGCCGACUCCCGUCGGGAUGCCUCAUCGCUAACAUGGCCAAUAGCUACUCCGAGGUGACCAGGGUCGAACACAUGGAGGUGGAGGAGAAGAACCCGAUCAACGUGCUCUACCGUGACCUCGUGCUGAGCGGCGAUGUAUUCGGGGCGCACUGCUGGCUCGCCGCGCUCCAGCGCGCGUGCGACCGCUACGCCUCCCUCGUCGCGCUCGGCGUCCCGCACCACAUCACCGGAGGUAUGCACACGCUAUGCCACGCACCUAGCCCAGAUCCAGAGCUUCGAAUCGGCCACGACGGGCGGCUAGAGGACGGGCCGCAAGGAGGAGCUGCUCCUGCGCCUGUCGCCCGAGGUCCGCCGCCUGGCACCCGCUCGCCGCCCGGGUAA